AUGGCCGAACCCGCACCCACUAAGCUCAACCCCGCAGAGGAACACACUUCCGAUGCCUCCCCACAGCUCGUAAAGGGCGAGACCGAGAAGGUGACCCAAGCCGUCACUGACGAGCCGAAGACGGAGCCGGAGGCCGGGAAGAGCGUGACGGCGCAGGCGGCGGAGGCGGCAUCGUCGGCGACGGAGACGAUGAAGAGCGAGGUGUUCUCGAUGUUUGGUGGGGGGCCGAAGAAGGAGAAGAAGGCGGAGGAGGAGGACGCAGAGAACGAGCGGUCGGGGAGUAGCAAGGCAACGAAAGCGGCGGAGGACGACGACAAAGCCCCUGAAGAAGAAGCCAAUGUCGAAUUCGAGCCGGUGAUCCGCCUCACGGAGAAAGUCGACGUCAAGACCAACGAAGAAUCCGAAGCGCAGGUGUUCAAGAUGCGGGCCAAGCUGUUCAAGUUCGACCGCGACACGCGCGAGUGGAAGGAGCGGGGCACGGGCGACGUCCGCCUGCUCAAACACAAGGAGAAUGGGAAGACCCGCCUGGUGAUGCGCCGCGACAAGACACUCAAGGUCUGCGCGAACCACUAUCUCGUGCCGGACAUGAAGCUGAGCCCGAACGUCGGGAGCGAUCGCAGCUGGGUGUGGAACGCGGCGGCGGAUGUGAGUGAGGGGGAGCCAGAGGCUCAGACAUUGGCGAUUCGGUUUGCGAAUAGCGAGAAUGCGAACUUGUUCCGCGACGCAUUCAUCAAGGCGCAGCAGGAGAACGAGAAGCUAUUCUCCGCCGGCGCGACAUCGUAG